CCCCUGAGACUUCCUCAUGGCGUCAUGUCUGUGUUUCUGUCUACAGACGAGGACUGAAUCCAGCUCACAGAGUCAAGUCCAUCUCCAUGACAACCUUCACGCAACAGGAAAUAGAGUUCCUCCAGAAAAAUGGCAAUGAGGUAUGUAAACGGACGUGGCUCAGCCUGUAUGAUGAUAGAACCACCUCCAUACCAGACUUCAGAGAACCGCAGAAGGUCAAGGAGUUCCUUCAAGAGAAAUAUGAAAAGAAGAGAUGGUACGUUCCUCCUGAGCAGGCCAAAGGUGUUUCAGCCGUCCACGUCUCCGGCUCGUCCAACAGCAGCACCAGCAGCACCCCGGAGGUGAGGCCACUGAAGUCCCUGCUGGGGGAGUCGGCCCCCCCCCUGCAGCUCAACAAGAACACGCCCCCUAACCAGUCUCCAGUCGGGAGCCGAGGCCUCGACAAGAGGUUCGACCUGCUGGGCGACCUCGGGGGGGACAUUUUCGCCGCUCCGGCCAGCGUGAACGCAGCCAACACCGCCGGAUUCGCUAACUUUGCUCAGUUCAACAGCCACUCAAGAGCUGGUGUUCCUGCUGGGGGGGGCUCGGCAGGGUGGGGGGCUUUGCCUCAGAUGCAGUCCAGAGGAGACCGCUACGCUGCGCUAGCUGAGCUCGAUACGGGCUUUGGACCCCCAGGACCUGCUACCAGUGUUUACAACACCACCAGCACCUCACAGGGCAUGUUCGGGCCAGUGAUGUCAUCAGCUCACACACAGCUGCCCUGCAUGGCUCCAGGUUUUGGAGCUCAGUCUACUAACCCGUUUGUGGCGCCUGCAGCCGCCCCCACCAACCCCUUCCAGGUCAACGGCAGAGCAGCCAACAUGGCGGCUGCAGCAGCCUCCUUCGGGACGCUCUCCAUGAGCAUGCCGUCUGGCUUCGUGAACGCUGCAGCCUGCAGCCUGCCCACCAGCUUCAGUGGGACCUUCCCCCCCCACGGGGGGGCCUUUCCUCCAGGGGGGGGCUUCCCUCCAGGCUUCGGGCCGGUGAUGUCGGGGCCGAUGGUCUCCAGCAACCCGUUCCUGGGAGCUGGUCCUAAGGCUCACUUUCCAUCCGGAGGCUCCUCCACCAACCCGUUCUUAUAGCCGUCCAAUCAGCUGCAGGCUCCACAUCGCAUUGCUUCAAGCACAAUGUCAGGAUUUGUAUUUUGUAUCUCAGUGUUUCCCCAAAAGGAUCCACAAGACACCCGAUGACAUCAUCAUGAGCUCCAC